AUGACGGUCGCGGCGAACGCCGGUGCUGCUCCUCAUUCUCGACCUUCAAGGAGGAUCACUGGUACAGCAGAAGCACGCCCUUCCCCUGAACAAUCGCCAUGGCGUCAGCUACUAAAAAGGAUCAUUACCCUGCGAGACUGGGCGGAUAAGGGUACCAUUGUGGCCGCCAAGGAGAUAAAGCAGGUGACUUUUGCCAACAUCUGCAAGAUGUUCAUAAGCAUGGAGCCGUCGCCUUUGACAGACAAGAUUGAUAUGUGGUUCGGCAAAUUGCUUGAUGGUCUACGGGCAUUCCCCUUUGAUAUUCCAGGGACAACAUCUCACACUGCACAAAAGUGUCGCCAGAAGCUAGAUGCCGUCUUCCGGGAGGAGCUGCAAGCAAGGAAGAUGUACAAGGAGUGUGAUGAUCUUAUGAGCGGAUUGAUGCAGAUGAAGGAUGAGCACGGGAAGAAAUUGAGUGACGAGGAGGUGGUACAUAACAUCAUCUCCCUCGUCAUCGCCGGCUACGAGUCCACUACCAUCGCCAUCAUGUGGGCUGUCUACCACCUCGCAAAAUCCCCGGUUGUCCUUGCUAAGCUUCGGGAUGAGAAUGUAGCGAUGAGCAAAAGCAAAGGUGGGUCUACGUCAAUGGGUUUGAUGAUUACCCACGAUGACAUCCCAAAGAUGAAGUACACCGCGAAGGUGGUGGAGGAGACAAUUCAGAUGGCCAACAUCGCCCCAAUGGUCCACCGUGUGACGAACAAGGAUGUGGAGUACCGCGGCUACACCAUACCAAAGGGAUGGGCCGUGCUGGUGUGGUUGACAUCAGUGCACACCGAUCCCAAUUACUACCAGGAUCCCCUCUCCUUCAAUCCUGACAGAUGGGAUGAACCGGCAAAGCCAGGAACAUACCAGGUGUUCGGAGGUGGCCCUCGGAUCUGCGCAGGCAACAUGCUCGCUAGGCUGCAGGUCACCAUCAUCCUGCAUCAUCUCUGCGUUGGCUAUGAAUGGGAGUUGAUCAAUCCCGAUGCACAGAUUAAUUACCUUCCGCACCCAAGGCCAGUGGAUGGCGCAGCCAUGACCUUUCGUAAGCUUAGCACCUGA